AUGGAGGGAGACAAGAGUGAAGACGCGGCCACCCCCAGAAAGAGAAGUUUGACAAGCGUGGACACUGAGCCAGGAGCCGAGUCUGCAAAGAACACAGUGGACAUGUUGGACUCUUCAGUCAAUGAGAAGAAGACGGUCUUGUCUGCGAGCAUCAGCCAGAAGGAGACGGAACUGUUUGAAAUCAUAGAAAAACUCCAGGGCAGCAGACUUGAUGAGCAGCGAUGUGAGUUCCCUCUGCCUCUUAAGUCCCGGCUUUUAACAGGAGAUGGAGAGCUGCCAAUCGUCCUUCCAUCAAAGCUGGGGGGCUACUGGAUAGAUCCUCCUUUGGUGAGGUCUGCAGACGUCAGUCCCACCUCCUCCCAUCACGGCCUCCACGCAGAUGGCUACGAAAUCAUGGAAAGAGAUGGCGAGGCCAAAAGCUAUCGCCAGUUCUUCCGCUCACGGUAUCACCAUUCAUUCACAGCGGUGGAUCCUUCUUUAGGGCCUCUGGUUCUGUCCGUGUGUUUGGAGGAGGAGGACAAUAGAAUGAGAGUCAUACUAAGAAUGAAAGAAUGCUCUCUGCAUGGAGUUUUUUCCCUGUCGCUCUUUCCUGGCAUUCCUUCAGCAGUGGAACUGGCAAAGAUGCUGUGUGACAGAGUGACUGUCUCAAAGUUUGAAGUGGUCAGUUACCUUAAGGCUCCAGUACUAAUAAGUACAUUCGAUGAACACAGAGUGUCUUCCAAUUUCAAGUUUGGCGUAUUGUACCAGAAGGAAGAUCAGCUAACCGAGGAGGACAUACUCGGUAACGACGAGGAAAGUGAAGAGUUUACAGACUUCCUGUCCAUUUUAGGCGACACCGUUCAGCUGCAAGGCUUCACCGGCUUUAGAGGAGGCCUGGAUGUAUGUCACGGCCAGACUGGAAGCCAAGCACUGGUCACUUCCUUUCACGGGAAAGAAAUCAUGUUCCACGUGGCGACCAAGCUGCCCUUCACGGAUGGAGACCCACAGCAAUUACAAAGAAAGAGACAUAUCGGCAAUGACAUCGUGGCGCUGGUCUACCAAGAAGGUCCCACACCUUUCUUAGCUGAUGUCAUUAAGUCACACUUCCUGCACUGUUUCAUCGUGGUACGGAAGGUUCCGAGGGAGAUGGAAGACACAGGAAAGGCUGCUUAUCGGGUAAAUCUGACAGCUCGAGAGGAUGUUCCUCCAUUUGGUCCUGUCCUUCCAGAUCCUCCAAUCUUCACUGAUCGCUCCCUGCUGAGAGAAUUCCUCCUGACUAAGCUCAUCAAUGCGGAGAUUUCCUGCUACAAAGCAGAGCAAUUCAGCAGACUGGAGCUGCGCACUCGUUCUUCACUUCUGGAGAGUCUACAGGCGGAGCUGUGUACUCGCUCCCAGUGCAUGGUGGGAGAUCCAUCACCCUCUUCCAACGCUGAAAAUGUCAGGGGGGGAUCCGAAGGGAGUGGGGGUUUUAUUGAGAACUUUAAGAGAGCCAUCAGAGUGAGGAGCCACUCAUUCGAGACUCUCAGCAUGCCCAGGAGGAUUAGUGGGCUCUCACCACUGAAACCAAAGGCCGAGAAGGAUGCAGACAGCGAGAAAAUAGCAGACGGCACGGGGCAGGUGGAAGUCCGGGAUCAAGCAAGCCCUCAAGAGGAGACGUAGACAAGUUUGCUGAAUUAGUAGU